UCCGAGCUCCGAGCUCUGUGCGGAGGGUGUGGUGCCGGCGAGCCGCGGCUCCUUGCAGACAGGUGGGACAGUCAGGGGUGGUGCCCGCAGUGCCGCUCCUAGCGCGGCUCCUCCUGCUCCCCCAGCAGCGCGCAGCCCCGCAGGACUCCUGGGAGCCGCGCCGCAGCCCCUGACCUGCUGGUUCCGCCGCUCGUCUGCUGGCGGAGGGCGCGAAUGGAGUCGCGGUUCCUGAACUUGGAGAGCCGGGUGGCUGACACCGAGAAGAACCACUUGGAACGCGAGAAAACGGUGGUGGAUUUUGGGAACCAGCUGGAGAGCAGGUCUCCAGCGGUAGGCACUCUGCUCCAGGAGUAUGGGCAGUUCCAGCAGCGCCUGGAGAGCAUGGAGAACCUCCUGAAGAGUGGGAACUUACGGAUCUUGCAGCUGCUCCCGGGGUCAAGUUCCAGCAGAUGAGGCAAUGACGUUCGAAGUAGAGCAGCCGGGCUUGGAAGAAUGCUCCCAAAGCUCCAAGCCUCCCAUGACUGUAACUGGGGAGGCAGAGGAGCUGCUUUCCCAGAGUCCCAGCAAGGUGCUGCCCUUUGAUAGUCAGUACAGCUCUUCUGUAGAGCAGGGAAACCAGAGCAUGAGCAGUGUGGUGCCAUCCACUGCAGAGGGAGAGGGUCUCAGUGAAAUCAAUGCUGUCAACUUCCAUGGGCAAAACUGUCCCAGAAAGAGACCUCCCUCAUGUACAGCCUGUGGAAAGGGCUUCUGUCUGAAGAAGAUGCUGACACCUCACCAGGAGAGCCACAGCACAGAGGAUAGCAGUGAUCACACUGGAGGCGAGGAUGGCUUCCUGUCAGCUGUGCCACCAGACCCAUGUUGAAGACAGGACCCAUGUGGCCACAGAGAGGUUCAAGCAGAACCAGAAUGCCAAAGCCCGCGCCAGUGUCCCAGCCAUGGACAAGGUGUCCAGCAGUCCCAGGUGCCUGAAAAGCAAUGAUGCCAAUGCUAUCUGCAAGCCAAAUCUGAGUGCCCACCCAAAAGGAAGGCCCUACAAGUGCAGUCAGUGUGAGGCAUGGUUCUCCCAGAAGAAAACCCUCGGCAGCCACAAGCAUAUGCUCUCACACUGGAGAAGAAAGAUCCUUAGGUGCUUGUACUGUGCGAAGAGGUUCACCCGCUCCUCCAGUGUGGUCUGGCGUCAGAGGAUCCACAUGGGCGAGAAUCCAUACACAUGCAACAAGUGCCCAAAAUGCUUCACCCAGAAGGAACACCUCCUCCAGUGUGAGAGGAUCCACCUGCACAAGAGGGACUCAGUGCCUGGCAUGUGGAAGAAACAGCUACGCUUAUUCUAGGCUGUGCAGGCUCACACAGCCUUGCAGCCCUUGGAGGGGAGGAGAGGAUCUCUGCUGCUCAGUGUUAAAGGCUGUCUGAUAAUUUAUCCCAAAGAUCCAAAGCAAAGUAGAAUUAGGAUCUGCUGUGGCACCAGUGCCCUGUCCUUCAUAGGGGUGGUGGUAUGCCACAGUACCUCAUAAUCUGCCCAAAACUCAAGAAUAAAAGUGUUUUGGGCCUCUCUGAGUUUGAAUCAGUUGUUUGAGCUCGUUCCAGCAAAGUUGAGUGUUUUGAAGUUCUUCACCUGGACUUGUCCUGGCUGCUCCCCUUGACAAAGUUCUGCUGUUCUCAGUUCUAAGGGUGAGUUUGAGUUCUACAUUUGCAAAAGACUCCUGGUGACUGCACACAUGCACGGGGUGAGACCUCACCAAUGGCUUGUAUGGGCACUACCUUUACCAAGGAGGGGCAACCAGUCUGUUCCCAGCUCUACCUGUGCCUUGGCACAGGCUGAAUGAUAUUUUUGCUGCUGCUUCUGCUUAGGAAGCUGGCUGGAAAACACAGGUUCAGCUCUGUCUUUAGAGCUUGAAAACAGUUAGUUUUCCAUAAAUUAUGAUAACGAGGCCACUUGUGCUUGGAGUUGUGAUGUGCACUAGGGUGCGAGGUGCUGGGUUUGCACUGCAGUAGCUGUGGGGACUUUGCUCCAAGUUAGGAAAAAACUCCCAGUAUCUGAUGUGUUUAGCAAAUUACCCAAAUACAUAGUGCAGCUUCAGGGGUGGUGUGGCUGCUUGACUUGUUCUAAACCUGCUGUUCAUUUUCUUGACAUUAAUUGGGCUUUAGAAACCUUUCUGUUGCUUCUGGUCCCAAAGUGUCUGCAAAGCGGGAGGGUACUGGUGGCUGGCUCAUCGCCUCAGGCAGAGGUGUUCUUCCAGCUCCAAUUGGCUGCUGUGGCAGGUGUUCUAGUCUGGAAACUACUUUGGCCAAGAGAAGUGAGGUCUUUUUCCAGAUUCAUUGCUGCUUGCCCUGCCAGCAGAGUGUGAGACAAGAACUCCUGUGCCCACUUUGGCUCAGCAGCUCAGAGCUCUGGACUGUUCAAGCUGAUUUGAUUCUUGCCCAGAGCAGAUCAGGGUGAGCCUGUGUGAACCUCUCUGAGCUUGUACUGCGGGAGCUGGCACAGAGCUGUGCCUGCCAGGGUGUCUUCAGCCACUGCAGGUGUUUGCCUGGUGACCAGCUGUCUGCACCUUUUCUCAUCCCUGGUGCUACUGAGGUCUUUGAUUUCUCAGCUCCUGACAUGUCUGAGUAGGUCUUUCUGUGGUGAGCCCCUCUCUGUGCACAUAUCCAUAUAUUUUACUCCAAAUGAGAAAUCUGUGAGGACAGAGGGGUUUGUAUUUGCCACUUCCCAGUGUUUGGGGACUGCUUGCUACCAUGAAGCAAUGAACAUGAACUGUUUUUUCUCUGCCAUUUGAUGUGCUGAAGGGAGAAUUUCUUGGCAGUUGGCAGUACAGGGCAUCUGAUACCCAGAGAAGCAGUUUGAGUUUUGUCCAAUAAGCAUGUGAGCUAAUAGCUUCUCCAGUGGUUUCCUGCUGUCUCCAGUGAAACUGCUUCUUCAUGUUUUACUCUUUUGUUACCUAGAAUGUGAGCCAUCAAGGCAGGGAACUUGUUUUUAUUGGUUUGUAAAAUGCCAGUUAAAU